AUGCGUGAUACUGCAAUAAUUCAGGUAGCAUCACCUAACAACAGGCCUCAGAAUCUCAAUGACGACUCAGUCGAACUCGCAGAAGCCGAGCAAAGUUCUACUCUCGACAAAGGAACGUUGCUGCGACUGAUUAGUGCUGGCUUCUCUUUCUUCGUUGCCGGCAUCAAUGAUGGUAGUCUUGGUGCUCUCAUACCCUGGAUCAUCCGGGACUAUGGUAUCAAUACAGCAAUCCUUUCAAGCGUGCAAGUCAUAAGAUGUCGCUCCCCACCUUAUGGCGCAAGCUUCCUCGGAUGGUUCACUGCUGCAUUGACCAACACACACCUCAGUCAGCAUCUCGAUCUUGGUGCAAUGCUUGUCCUUGGAGCUGUUUUACAAGUUGUUGCUCAAGGUUUGCGUGUUUGGUCAACACCCUUCGGCCUGUUUGUCUUUACUUUCUGGAUCACCUGUCUGGGUCAAGCAUAUCAGGAUACUCACGCCAAUGCAUACGCUGCUGUUGCUGCAAAGGGAGCGCAUAAAUGGCUGGGCUUCAUCCAUGCCAUGUAUAUGGCUGGCUGUUUGAUUGGACCUUUUGCUGUAUCCCCCAUUGCAUCAUCUCGAGGUUCUUCUAGCUCUUCUUCCCCUUGGUACUUGUUCUACACAAUUCCGCUGGGACUAGGUGUUUUCAACGUCAUUUUAUGCUUGUUUGCCUUUAGCGACACACUACGGCUGAAGUCGAAAGCUGUGGCUUCGUCAUCGAGCCAUGGUGAGACUGCCAUGACUUCGACCGAGUCUCCAGAUGACACACUCGAGGUGCCGAACGCGAUCGGACUUAUCAAGAAGACAUUCACACAGAGAAGCUUCUGGAACCUAAGUCUCUUCUACUUUUUCUAUCUCGGAUCUAGUAUAACUGCUAGCGGAUGGGUCGUCGAGUAUCUGGUCAACGUACGCAACGGCAACAUAUCUGCAAUGGGGUACGUUCCUGCUGGCUUCAGUGGAGGUGCUCUGUUGGGCAGACUGAUCCUACCGGAGCCUACUCGUCGUUUUGGAGAGAGAUUGAUGAUCACCAUCUACUGUGUCAUCUGUAUCGGCCUGCAGAUAAUGUUCUGGCUCGUGCCAAACCUAAUUGCGGCAGCUGUUGCCAUCAGUCUGUUUGGCUUCUUCUCUGGCCCUCUUUUUGCGACGGGCAUUUCUGUCGGCUCGCGACUCUACCCGGCAGACAUCCGAUCAACAGCACUCUCUAUGGUUUUCGUGUUCGCACAGAUUGGUGGCUCGUUGUUUCCAGUCAUCACAGGACUUGUCAGUUCCAGCAAGGGUGUGUGGGUGCUCCAACCGAUGCUAGUGGGCUUGGUCACGGCAACUGCGGUCAGCUGGCUGCUUGUGCCUCAGCCCAAGUCUGCGAAUGCUGAGCUACACCAGGAAUAA